AUGCGCAGACUCCUAGAGAAGCGCCCAGUGAGUCAGGGCCGCUCGGGGUGCGUGGGGGAGUCGGGAAGACCCGGACCCGGCGCUGGACGCCGUGAUCCCGGUCUUCAGGACGGGUCAUCGAGGGGGCUGGGAGCAGGGCUGGACGCUUGGCUCUCCUGGGAAAUACAGGACUCCAGCUGGGUGGUCUCUCCCAAUUCUAAACCCUGGGACUUCUCCAUCUCCCAGGAAUUCAUGAAGGCAACUGUGGACCUGGGCGACCUCGUGGGCCUCCACCUUGUCAUGUCUCGGAACGCCGGGAAGGGCGAGUACAAGGUUAUGGUGGCGGCCCUGGGGUGGGCCACAGCAGAGCUCAUCAUGUCCCGCUGUAUCCCUCUCUGGGUCGGGGCCCGGGGCAUCGAGUUUGAUUGGAAAUACAUCCAGAUGAGCAUUGAUUCCAACAUCAGCUUGGUCCACUACAUUGCGGUCUCUGCCCUGGUGUGGAUGUUCACUCGAUAUGACCUGCCACGAAACUUCCGCCCCCCAUUGACUCUGCUCUUGGGAAUCAGUGUCUACAAAGCCUUUAUCCUGGAGGCUUUUGUCCACCUCUUCUCCCUGGGCAGCUGGACGGCGCUGCUGGUCCGAGCGGUGAUGACUGGUGUCCUCGCCCUGAGUUCUCUCAGUCUCUUUGUCACUCUUGUACAUGGCAACUGACCCUCUCCUCUGACCUCUUCCAGGCACUCCACCUUCUGGGCUUUCUUGAAAAUUAAAAAAGUUCCUUUUUUUUUUUUCCCC